AUGGAUACCCCUAGUUUUGUUAACCUCCUCAAUAGCCAAAAUCCCGUUGAUCUUGAUGCACCUGAACAUGUUUGGAUGAGUAGCCAGAGUUCAAAUGUUAAGGAGAGGCGUAAGUGGUCUCCCAAAGAGGAUAAAAUCCUGAUUGGGGCUUGGCUUAACACAAGCAAAGACGCUGUGGUGAGCAAUGAGCAGAAAGCUGACGCUUUCUGGAAGAGAAUCGUUGAUUACUACAAUGCAAGCCCUCUCUUGGUUGGGACAGCACCUAGGGAGCUCGGUCAGUGCAAGCAGCGGUGGGCGAGGAUUAACGAGGGCGUCUAUAAGUUCGUUGGCUGCUACGACGCGGCUCUGAGGUGCCAGAGUAGUGGUCAAAACGAGGAUGACGUGAUGAAAGCUGCCUUGGACUUCUACUACAACGACCACUCCAUCAAGUUCAACCUCGAACAUGCUUGGAGGGAGCUCCGGCAUGACAGUAAAUGGUGCUCAACCUAUCUGCCUAAGGAGAAGCGCAAGCAAGUGUUGGAGGUUGAUGGAGAUGAGGAAGUGAGAGAACCUGAAGCAAGACCUAUCGGGGUAAAGGCUGCAAAAGCUGUUCUAAAGAGGAAGAAGAGCAGUAAGGAACUUGAGUUGUCAAAGUUAGAGGCCCUGUUUGAAAUAAAACAGAAACUCUCUAACCAAAAAAUCCUAGAACGUUUGAUAGCCAAACAAGACCCCCUCUCUGAGAUGGAAACAUCACUUAAAAACAAACUAAUGUCUGAGAUGUUACAGUAA